AUGCAAAACAGCCAUCAAGCAGAACAACGAAUCCGCACACUGUACCGAUGGCUGAAUCCACAACAGACAGCACAGUUUUUCUCUUCGGGAUCUGCAACAAGUGUUGGCUCUGAAAAAGAAACCUCUUCAAAAGAAACAAAAUUAUUUCCAAGCAAGGAAGAAAUUCUGAAACGAGCCAAAUUGAUCGAAGAGAACAGAUUAGAUGAUGAAGAGCUGUAUAAAUUUAGCUGUCAAUUUGGACCUGUGAGUAAAAUUAACAAGAGAUCAAAAACUUGA